CCCACGCAAUACUAGUUUCCGUUUUUGCCAUCUUCACCGUCAAUCUCGCCUCUCGCCCAAUUCCUCCUCCUUCCUCAUCCCUUCUUUCAGUUUCCCUUAAUCGUCUCAAUCUCUGUUUGCGAGUGUUUCUUUACCAAAUUCUCCUUUGAAGCAAGGUUGUGCUAAUUUUAGCGGUACGCAAACCUUGCCGAAAUCACCCUCUCUCUCCCUCUCUCACGCACGCUCACUGUUGGACUGUACUUGGACCUUCCUCUUAAUUUAGCGCUGUGCAAUUAUCAACCCCUUUAUCUUUACUCUCACACACACUCUCUCUGACCCUUUUUUUCACUUUUUUCAUUUCUCGGUGUCGCACUUUCUGUGCGCUAAAUUUGAUAGUUAAUUCCGGUAGCGUCCUACCCAGAUCUGAAUCUGCUGGCUUUAGAUCCAUUCCUUUUUGAAUUCGGCAAUGGAGGAAGCGCUGGAACUUGCGCGCACCAAGGACACGAAGGAGAGAAUGGCCGGGGUGGAGCGCCUUCACCAACUUCUGGAAUCUUCGAGAAAGAGCCUCACUUCAUCCGAAGUUACUUCCCUUGUCGAUUGUUGCUUGGAUCUCUUGAAAGACAACAACUUUCGGGUCUCUCAGGGUGCACUUCAAUCUUUGGCCUCUGCUGCUGUGCUCUCUGGCGAGCAUUUCAAACUUCACUUCAAUGCGCUUGUUCCUGCCGUCGUUGAUCGCUUAGGGGAUUCCAAGCAACCAGUUCGUGACGCUGCCAGAAGACUCUUGCUUACUCUCAUGGAGGUUUCUUCUCCCACAAUAAUUGUUGAAAGAGCAGGUUCCUUUGCCUGGACGCAUAAAAGCUGGAGAGUCAGAGAGGAGUUUGCACGGACUGUCACUUCUGCAAUUGGUCUAUUUGCAUCCACUGAGCUUACUCUUCAACGGGCUAUUCUUCCUCCAAUUUUGCAGUUGCUCAAUGAUCCAAACCCUGGUGUUAGGGAAGCAGCUAUUUUGUGCAUUGAGGAGAUGUAUGCUCAAGCUGGACCUCAAUUUCGUGAUGAACUUCAGCGUCACAAUCUUCCAUCAUCUAUGGUUAAAGAUAUUAAUGCCAGGCUUGAGGGAAUUCAACCAAAAGUUCGCUCUUCAGAUGGUGGAAGUGGUUUUAUAGCUGGGGAACUUAAGCCUUUGGGUGUUAACCCCAAGAAGAGUAGUCCAAAGGCUAAAAGUUCAUCAAGGGAGACAUCACUUUUUGGAGGAGAAGGCGAUCUCACAGAGAGAUCCAUUGAUCCUGUCAAGGUUUAUUCAGAAAAGGAGUUAAUCAGGGAAUUUGAAAAGAUUGCAUCAACCCUUGUGCCAGAAAAGGACUGGUCAAUUCGAAUUGGUGCCAUGCAAAGAGUUGAAGGUCUUGUUUUGGGAGGUGCUGCUGACUAUCCAUGUUUCCGGGGACUCUUGAAACAACUUGUUGGACCUUUAAGCGUGCAAUUAUCUGAUCGAAGAUCUAGCAUUGUGAAACAGGCUUGCCAUCUAUUAUGCUUUUUGUCCAAGGAACUCUUGGGUGAUUUCGAACAAUGUGCUGAAAUGUUCAUCCCGGUCCUUUUCAAGCUGGUUGUGAUUACUGUACUUGUGAUUGCAGAGUCUGCGGAUAACUGCAUAAAAACGAUGCUGCGUAAUUGUAAAGUUGCUCGUGUGCUUCCUCGUAUGGCUGAUUGUGCAAAAAAUGAUCGCAGUGCUGUACUUCGUGCAAGGUGUUGUGAAUAUGCUCUUUUGAUAUUAGAACAUUGGCCUGAUGCUCCAGAAAUACAGCGAUUAGCUGAUUUAUAUGAGGAUCUGAUAAAGUGUUGUGUAUCAGAUGCAAUGAGUGAGGUUCGAUCAACUGCAAGGAUGUGCUAUAGAAUGUUUGCAAAAACUUGGCCAGAGCGUUCCCGCCGCUUGUUUUCAUCCUUUGAUCCUGUCAUUCAAAGGUUGAUAAAUGAAGAGGAUGGAGGAAUACACAGGCGGCAUGCCUCACCUUCCAUUCGUGAUAGAGGUGCAUUGCCGUCAUUAAGUAGUCAAGCCUCUGCUCCCUCAAGUCUACCUGGAUAUGGGACUUCUGCUAUUGUUGCAAUGGACAGAAGUUCUAGUUUAUCAUCUGGGGCAUCUGUCUCCUCUGGUAUUACUCAAGCAAAGUCGCUUGGUAAAGUUACAGAGCGCAGCUUGGAAAGUGUGCUGCAUGCAAGCAAACAGAAGGUCACUGCUAUUGAAAGUAUGCUUAGAGGUUUGGAUUUAUCUGACAAGCAUAAUUCAUCAGCCCUCCGCUCAUCAAGUUUGGAUCUAGGAGUUGACCCUCCAUCAUCUCGUGAUCCACCAUUCCCUGCUGCUGUCCCAGCAUCUAAUCACUUGACAACCUCUGUAACUGCAGAAUCAACUGCUUCGGGUGUCAAUAAAGGAACGAAUCGAAAUGGUGGUUUGGGUUUAUCUGAUAUAAUCACUCAAAUUCAAGCUUCCAAAGAUUCUGGCAAGUUAUCAUAUCAUAGUAAUGUUGCUAUGGAGCCUUUAUCAGCACUCUCAUCAUACUCCAGUAAAAGGGCUUCUGAAAGGCUUCAAGGCAGAGGCUCUAUUGAUGACAACAGUGACAUUAGGGAGGCUAAGCGGUUUAUGAACCCCCACAUUGAUAGGCAUUAUAUGGAUGCGACUUAUAGGGAUGGAAACUUUAGGGAUUCGCACAAUAGUCAUGUGCCUAAUUUCCAGAGACCAUUGUUGAGGAAAAAUGUAGCGGGGCGAAUGUCUGUUGGAAGGAGAAGAAGUUUUGAUGACAGCCAACUAUCCCUUGGAGAAUCAUCCAAUUAUACAGAUGGACCAGCAUCUCUUCAUGAAGCCCUGAGUGAAGGACUUAGUUCCGGUUCUGAUUGGUCUGCUAGGGUUGCUGCUUUUAAUUAUCUUCACUCAUUGUUACAGCAAGGUCCAAAGGGAAUUCAAGAAGUAGUCCAGAAUUUUGAGAAGGUAAUGAAGCUUUUUUUCCAGCACUUGGAUGAUCCACACCAUAAAGUUGCACAGGCUGCUCUUUCAACCCUUGCUGAUAUUAUUCCAGCAUGCCGAAAGCCUUUUGAGAGUUACAUGGAAAGAAUAUUACCCCAUGUGUUUUCUCGGUUAAUUGACCCUAAAGAACUUGUUAGGCAACCAAGCUCAAUGACUUUGGAAGUUGUGAGCAAGACUUACAGUGUAGAUUCUCUCUUACCUGCAUUGCUCCGCUCACUUGACGAACAGAGGUCUCCAAAAGCAAAAUUGGCUGUUAUUGAAUAUGCAAUCAGCUCCUUUAACAAGCAUGCAAUGAAUCCUGAAGGUGCUGCUAAUACUGGGAUCCUGAAAUUAUGGCUUGCCAAAUUAGCACCACUGGCACAUGACAAAAAUACAAAGCUCAAAGAAGCAGCGAUUACAUGCAUUAUAUCAGUGUAUUCUCACUUUGAUUCUACUGCAGUCCUGAAUUUCAUUCUUUGUUUGUCAGUUGAGGAGCAAAAUGUGUUGAGGCGAGCUCUUAAACAAUACACUCCUCGCAUUGAAGUAGACUUGAUAAACUUUCUACAGAACAAGAAAGAUAGACAGCGAUCUAAGUCUUCCUAUGAUCCAUCUGAUGUAGUUGGAACAUCCUCAGAAGAGGGGUAUGUUGGUGUUUCUAGGAAAUCUCAUUACCUUGGAAGGUAUUCUGCUGGUUCCCUUGAUAGCGACAGUGGUAGGAAGUGGAGUUCCCAAGACUCAACCUUUGUUAAAACCAGCCUUAGCCAAGCAGCUUCUGGUGAAACUCAGGAAUUUUUGCAUCAGAAUCAUGAGAUUGAUUUUACCAAGGGUAGUCAUGGUCCAAAAACCAACGAUCUUGCAUCCGCAGUCAAUCUGAUAAGCCAAAAUGUUGCCUCUCAAGCUAGUCAAUUUGGGCAUGUGGACAAUACCAUUAACUUUGAGGGUCUUUCAAAUCCUGCAAACGGUCUGAUGUCUGUAGAACAUUCAAAUGUCACUGAAAGCUUGGGAGAUGAUAAAGAACAUCCUUCUGAAUUGGACCAUAACCAUCACUUUGCUGAAGCUACGAAUGUUAACCCUUUGACCGAGACCGGCCCCAGCAUUCCUCAAAUUCUUCAUCUGGUAGGCAGUGGGGGUGAUGGAAGCUCUGUUUCAAGCAAGAGGACUGCACUUCAACAGUUGGUUGAAGCUUCUAGGGCAAAUGAUCAUUCUAUUUGGACUAAGUACUUCAAUCAGAUUUUGACAGUUGUGCUUGAGGUGCUGGAUGAUUCAGAUUCCUCAAUCAGAGAUCAUACUCUGUCAUUAAUAGAUGAAAUGCUCAGAAACCAGAAAGAUGCCAUGGAAGAUUCAGUCGAGAUUGUAAUUGAGAAGUUGCUUCAUGUUACUAAGGAUAUUGAUCCCAAGGUCUCUAACACAGCAGAGCACUGCCUGACUAUUGUUUUAUCUCAAUACGAUCCAUUCAGAUGCUUGAGUGUUAUUGUCCCUUUACUGGUUUCUGAGGAUGAGAAAACUCUUGUCACCUGCAUAAACUGCUUGACAAAGGUUUUGGGCCGACUCUCUCAGGAGGAAUUGAUGGCUCAGUUGCCUUCAUUUCUGCCUGCACUUUUUGAAGCUUUUGGAAACCAGAGUGCUGAUGUUCGUAAGACUGUGGUUUUCUGUCUAGUGGAUAUAUACAUCAUGCUGGGGAAAGCAUUCUUGCCAUACUUGCAGGGGCUUAACAGCACACAGUUGAAGUUGGUCACCAUUUAUGCAAAUCGAAUUUCACAAGCCAGGACGGGAGUGGUGAUUGAUGCCACCCAGGAGUAGUUGGUUCCUUGAAGAACUUGGUGGGUUUGGGUUUGUAUUCUGAUUCAUUAUUGUGUAUUUUGUAUAUUGCGUGCAUAAUUUUUUUUUGAGGUGGUUUUCCCUGUAUCCUCCCUCAGCUUGAUAUAAAUAUAUAUUAUUUAUAUAAAUAUAUAUUUUUCACCAUGGAUCUGUUGAGUGCUGCUGGUGGAGGAUGCAGCGCGUAAAUUGUAUUAAAAUGGUUUUGGCCCUUUGGUGAUUGAUAGGUUGAUAGUUUUUGCAAUUAUUUGGAAUUUUUUUUUUUUUAAUUUAGUUUUCUACCUGUAAUUUUUUUUGGGGUUCAGAUGAUGGACGUUGUGUUGUGUCUUGUGUUGAAAAUAUAAAGGAUGUUCGUAAUUUGUAUC